ACAGAGAUGAACCGGAUAAAAGUUAUUUCCGACGAUUUACGAUUGCCAGUCAUCAUCACAUCCUCCGUUGUUGGAGUUCUUCUGAUCGUUAUGAUAUUUACUUGUUUCAUCACAAGGGUUAUUAAAAGAAAAGGAAAUCAAGAAAAAAGUUCCACAACAGAGGAAAUCGUUACGUCAGGUCUUUAUUCUGAACCGAUUCCUGCAUCAGAUGAAAACCAAAAGAAAACAAAGGAUCACAUCACAGCUGAAGACGAAUCAGCCUAUUCUGUAGCUGAUACUAACGACAGUGAGUACUCACAACCCCUCGUCAACAGGGACAAUCGAACGGGACAGAUGCGUUCUGCGAAAAAUGUUACCACUUCAGACAGUGAAUAUGCUGACACAGAUUUGGGUGAAUAUGAUGUUUUAAGAGGACAGCGAAAGAAACACUCCAAAAAUACAUCAUCGAAUUGUGAUAUUUAUGACAGGACAAAUAAUGUUGUCACCGGUAUUUAUGACGUCACUUCGAACACGCUGAACAAGAACGAAUACUCAAUGACAGAUAAUGAUUUAAAUCAAUAAUGCAUGGUUAUAUAAACAAAAUGCCAAAAUAUAAUAUAUAAUAUAUUUAUAAAUGAUUUUUCAUUAGGCAUUAAAUAUAGUACAUAUACUUUAGUAUUUGUAAUUACUUAUUAAGAUGGAGAUUUCCUUAAUUAAAAUGAAAAUUUGAAAUUUUUGGAGAACUUUUCUUUAUGA